AAGCAAGGCAAUGGCACCUGCUUAGCUCCACUCUCAAUAUAUUCUUUAUCCACACAUAAAGAAUAUCUUGGUUAUAAGUGCUUGUAAUUGUCUCAUCAUGAAACUCCCACAUAGAACAAUCUCAACUAGUAUGAUUUAAAGGGACUCUGCUGGGCUCUUGCUUAGGAGUAAUGUAAUGUAUACUGCCGUAGAAGGACUGGAGCAUAUCUUGUUCCUAAUUAUUUUAUUACAUGGUAACAAAUGAAGAAGCAAAAUAGUUUUUUUCUUUUAUCUUUAUUUCAAUGCUUGAUCAUGUUAGCGUUGUAUUUGUACUGUGGCAAGUUAACAAUAGACAUCUACAGCUUCUCUGAACAUUCCUCCCCACUGACUCACCACAGUUUGAAUAUUUCAGAAAUUAAGAGCACAAAGUGCUUCAUUCUGGAGAAGACUGUGAAAUUCUUUGCAUCAGCUACAACCGCUUUAACCACCAAAGGAUCUCCAUAGCACACAGAGAUUCAUCAGAAUGAAGAACUGCAUUUUAUUUUGUUUCUUCCUUGCAAAUGUGUUGGCAGCCUGUAUUGUCGGCUUGACUUUGGAGAAUUGUUUCCAAGAACAACUACGGCUCCAAGCCCAGGUGAGGCUUCUGGAUCACAGUGUGAAGCAGCAACAGGCAAAAAUAAUACAGCUUUUAAUGGAGAGGGAUGCUCAGAGCAGAGAUAAAGGAGAUGAAAAUGGUGUCAUCAGUCUGGGAGAAGAGAGAGAGUACGCAGACUGUGCUGAAAUCUACAAGGCCGGAUACACACAGAGCAGAUUUUACAAGAUAAAACCUCUGAUGAGCUCUGAUGGAUUCCUUGCCUACUGUGACAUGACAGAAGGAGGAGGGUGGACAGUCUUUCAGAGACGAUCAGAUGGAAGCCAAAAUUUUUAUAGAGACUGGGCUGAAUAUGAACAAGGUUUUGGUGAUUUUACUUCACCAGCUGGCGAAUAUUGGCUUGGAAAUAAAAAUCUCCAUUAUCUGACUUCUCAAGGGAAUUAUACCUUAAAAAUUGAUCUUUCUGAUUUUUCGGGUGAACAACGCUUUGCACAAUAUGAAAAUUUCCAGGUUGCCGAUGAGCAGAGUUCCUACACAAUGAAUUGUGGACGAUAUUCUGGAACAGCAGGAGACUCCCUCACUGGAGGAUUUCACCCUGAAGUCAAAUGGUGGGCAAAUCAUCAAGGAAUGAAAUUCAGUACAAAAGACAGGGAUAAUGACAACUAUGAAAAUAACUGUGCAGAAGAAGAUAAUGCUGGCUGGUGGUUUAACAGAUGUCACUCUGCCAAUCUUAAUGGCCUGUAUUACGAUGGACCCUACUCAGCAGCAACAGACAAUGGGAUUGUGUGGUACACAUGGCAUGGAUGGUGGUAUUCUUUGAAGUCUGUCACCAUGAAAGUCAGACCAUCAGAUUUCCGUUCUAAUGAGCUUUAAGUCUAUUUCCUGUAUAUAUCCGUUUAAUUGGUUGUAACAUGAUAUUUGAUUUCUUCAUUUAUCUCUGUGUAAAUCGGGGGUGACUCUUUUAUGGAUCAUGACUGCAGUCAAAUACACAGUUAAAUGUUCAGGGGGCUCAAAUAUAACAUUGUGUCAAAGCAAAUAGAUUGUACACAAAGGUCUAAAACAGUAGAUCCUAAAUUUACAAUGUUGAUGAGCGAGCUAUUUCAAAAUCAAUCUAGGUUAUAUGUCUUCUAUAACUAUUUUUAUAAUAGUUUCACGAUCUGUGGGUUUUGAACUGAAUGUGCUUAUUUGUCUUUAAGGUGUCACAUAACUGUUUUUGUACAACAGACCUAACUACGCUUCUAAACUAAGGAAAAGGCCAAUAAAUUCUAUAACAAAGAUUUACACCUCCUCCUUAUCCCUGUGUAUCUAUAUACUAAAAGUACACUGGAUGUAAUUCGGUCUUCCGGAUGCUUUAACUAUUGACCUAUAUACCGCAACUUUAUCAUUCUCGGUCUGCAAUUUUCAUGACCCUAUAUCUAACUUGUCACAUUAUAUUUAUAUGGGCUAUAAGGCUGACGGAGCCAAGUAUCCUAACGGAUGCACAGCAAGUGAAAUAAAAUGAAUCUGAUCAAGCAGAUAUUUCUAACAUCAAAUUAAGUGAGGCCAUUCCCCUUAGUUAUUAGUCUAUAAUUUCUGCCAUUCAGUUCUGAUGUGACUUGAGGUUAUUAAAGAGCCCAAACGCUUCAAUGAAUAUUCUUUACAUAAUAGACUUUCCAAGCAGAGCCAGCUCAAGAUGAGACAUUUUGUCUUUUUAAAUGGCAUGAACAUAUAAUAGGAGAGAAACACUGCAAAAUUCCUUGCAUAAUGUCCAGAGCUUAUCUUUGAAAUUACAUGCAAUUAUAUAGAGUGAUUGCAAUUUGAUAGGUACAUGAUGACUACACACCCAUUUGUUUGCUGUUACUUAUGACAUAAUUGGUGGUAUAUUUUCUUUGCAUCCAACUGUUUCCUAUUUUGAGAAAUCAAAUAUCAGCAGACAAAUAAGUGACACAAGAAAAAAUAAUAAAGUACAGAAAACUUAGACUACAGUUGUUUAUGUCAUUCUAAUGAGAGCGACAAAUACCUUAUAUACUCAAGUAUAAGCCGACCUGACUAUAAGCUAAGGCACCUAAUUUUACCACAGAAAAUUGGGAAAAAUUAUUAAUUCGAGUAUAAGACGAGGGUAGUAAAUGCAGCAGCUACUGGUACAUUUCAGAAAUAAAAAUAAAUACCAAUAACAUUACAUUAAUUGAGGGAUCAGUAGAUUAAAUGUUUUUGAAUAUUUACAUAAAACUGUAAUUUAAAAUAAUAAGACUUUAAUAAGAUAAAAUUGCCCAACUCUGAUUAAAUAUAUUGUUGUAGUUGAGCCAGUGAGUAAUGCUGCAAGCAGUAGUAUGAGUACCAGUAGGGGGGAAAGGGUUAAUCGCAAGCAGGUGUCAGAUGAAGAACAGCAAAGGAAAAGGAUUCGGGAUAUACUUAUGGCACCUACUGAUGAAGACACAUUCAAAGGGUUUUCAAGUGGCAGGGAGUCAAUGAGCGAGGAAGGAGAUAUGGUGAAUGGGAAUAGAGGCGUAAAGAGAGUUACGCGGGAACAAGAAUCAGAUGAAGAACGGGAGAGGAAGAAGAUCCGGGAUAUACUUACUGCUCCCACAGAUGAGUCGUUUAUGGGUUUCUCUGGGAAUGAUGGGUCUGGGAGUGAUGAGGAUGGGAAGAACACAUUGGAUUGGACUAGGGUACAAGAGAUAAGGGAUAUAUGUGCGGAGCCAACUUCUAGUAACACGUUUGUGGGGUUUUCGGGACAUGAGGAUUGGCAAACGGGAGAUACAUCCGAGUCAUGGGGAAACCUAAGUCUUGACAGGAGAUGGAGGAACUGGAGAGAUGGAAACAGGGGUUCAAGUGUGAAGACAAGGACAGCUGUAAGAGAUGAUGAUGGGAUGGAGGCCAGCUCAUCAUCGGAUAGUGAUGUGUAAGUUAAAAGUAGGCUCUGAAAUGGGGAAUCUUUGCAGCAGGCAAAGUGUCAGUAUUGUGUGGAUUUGUCGCUACCUGUUUUCCUGUUGGGUUUUGGGUUCGAGUUCUACAGCCUGGUGUUUGUGGUUCCUAUGAAUCUUCAAUUUGGACUGGCUUAUCAUGAGUGUGGCUCUCUCCCUUCCUGGACUCUUGGACUGAUUUGACUACGGCUCUGUUUGUCCACCUUGGAAACGAUGUUUGGAUUGGCUUACCAUGAGUGUGGCUUUCUCCCUUCCUGAGCUCUUGGACUGAUUUGACUACGGCUCUGUUUGUCCACCUUGGAGACGACAUUUGGAUUGGCUUAUCGUGAGUGUGGCUUUCUCCCUUCCUGGGCUCUUGGACUGAUUUGACUACAGCUCUGUUUGACCACCUUGGAAACGACGUUUGUUUGAACUUCUUCUACGGCGACUCUGGAACCUUGGCUGGCUUUGACAGCUCCUCUUGCAUUUAACUCUUUUGGUGCAGUGCUGUCUGUUGGAACGCUUUUGUUACAGCGCUGUUUACUUGCUGUCACUUUGACUGUGUUUUAAUACGGGUUUUCUUUCUGUUUUAUCCGGGUUAUUUUCCGUUUGCCUUUUGGAGCCAAGUUUGGGCAAAUUCUUUGAGUUUUGGCCAGAGACACUGUAGUUAAGCGUCUCAGAGCAUAUUUUGUUUUGCAAUAAACCUUUUGUUGGACUAAA